CACCCGCCGCGCCCCAGCCAUGGCGGCGCAGUCCCCGCUCGGCCCGCGGAAGCGCAGCGGCCCGGCGCUGUGCGGGACGGGUCGGCCCGGGGCCGCCCCUCCGGCUGUGGGCAACGGCUUCCCGCCGCACAAGCGCCACAAGAGCUCGGCGGCGGCGCCCUGGGAGGGGCCCGGAGAUCCCUUCGGGGACGGCGACGACUUCACGGCGGACGACCUGGAGGAGAUCGACAUCCUGGCUUCGCAGGCGCUGUCGCAGGAGGCCGCCGCGGCGCCGCGGGAGAGCCGCCCGCAACGCGCGCCUGGGCCCAGCGGCGCCGCCGCGGCGGGGAGGACGCCGAGAGGAAACAGUACAGAAGAGAGACUGGUGAGAGAUGCAUUCCAGUUGGAAGUGCUGCAAACACAGCAUGAAGAAAUUAAGCAGAAGCUGAGGGAAAUGCAGGAUGAAAUUCUGACCAAAAACGGAGAGAUCAAAGUUUUGCGUGACUCGAUGCAGCAGAUGGAACAUGCCAUGGAGGAACAGAAGAGGUCCUACCUGCUACUGGAACAGCAGAAGUCCCAGGCCCUGAGUGAAAAAGAAAAAGAGUUCUCCAGAAAGUUGCAGUCCUUGCAGGCAGAGUUGCAGUUCAAAGAUGCAGAAAUGGAUGAAUUAAGAAGGCGACUUCAGAGCUGUGAAAGAAACAAACACGUUACUCAGAUGGCUUCACUGCCCAGCCCUAAGAAGAAUUUUGCAAUACAAGUGAAACCAGAAGCAUCUUCUCCACAGCCUGGAAAAAGGUCUUUUCCUACAAAGGAAUCCUUUGGUGCUGAAAUGUGCAUGAGGCCAUCGUAUUCUGCAGGACACUGCAUUACCCCGACUGCUUCAGUCAAGGAAGACAGUAAGACAAACCAUCCUGAAGUUUCAUCCCUGAAGCAGGAGACACUGGGAAAAAACGGUUCCUACAAGUGUGUAGCCAAAGGAAGCUCCCAAGGUUCUAUCUUACUGAAUACACUGAUGAAGCAGCCCCUUGUCCCUGGGUCAGUACUAGGACUGUGCCACCUUCUCAGUAGUAACUGUGAGCCUCUGCCUGGAGCUGUGUUGCAGCCUGACCGUUUGGAUACGAAGAGCACACACCUGUCCAGCAGCGGGAUGACUCCAGAAGAAACCAUUCCUCCUGUAUCCCUGCCAGAAGCUCAAAAACUUGCCAUAACAGGCUUGAACCUGAUUGCCAUGGACGAAGGAUUAUCUGAAGGAAGCCCAGGAGCCAGGCAGAGGGAGGUGUCAGAGCCCCCCCGCAGCAGGAUCCGAGGCGCUGUGCACCUCCUGCCCCUGGUGGAGCAGCACGUGGGCGCGUACUGCCAGGCGCUGCGGCUGGCGCACGGCGCUGCCUCUGCAAACCCGGCAGCUGCUGCCUCCAGAGCCAACACAAGUAUGGGGUCAAGUAAAGAGGACUUCAGGUUGUCUCUCGAAGAAACUACGGUUAUAUCACUGGGGAUUCUUUAUUAUUUGGUGUUUUAUAGCUGGGAUGUUGUCCAGGCCUUGCUGGCUGCUGAAGAGGGAAGAAGCUCUGCUGCCGGGGAGGAACACGUCUGCAAGGCGGACAAGAACGUGUCGUGUGAUGAUCAGUGUGGUACUAAAGAUGGUGCUGGGACACAAGGAGAGCUGCCUGUAGCUCCACAGGAUGCUCCCAGUAGCAGUGGAGCUCACCGUUCUUUGUUUAAAAAGCUGCUCCAGGUUCUAGAUGUUUGUGCUGCACGAGGCCUCCAGCCUGACACGGUGCUGAGCCACAGCCUCAGGGUUUUGCUGAAGUUAGCUGAAAAUUCAACACUGGACUUGCUAAUAAAUUUCCAGCACCUGCUGAGUAGCCAGACCCUGCUCCGCUGCCUGUGCCCAGAGAGCCCUUUGCCUGCCGUCCUUCUCACUGUCAGGCUCCUGGCUGUUCUUGCUCAGCACCCCUCCUUGGUUCCUCAGCUUUGUUCUCAUUCAGACACCUGCCUCCUCCUUGCACUCUACACAUACAUCACAUCCAGACCAGACAAAUCGGCCACUGACGUGCUUUGGCUGCGGCUGGAACAAGAGCUUAAUUGUCCUGCUGAGGGUGGUUCUAACGCCAGCUGUGUGUUUUUGUCCCAGACAGUGCGGCUCCUGGCGAGGUGCGUGGGGCACCGCAGCCCCGUGGCUUCGCUGCCUGCCACAGGCUGCCAGUGUCAGCUCGAGGUGGUUAAGGCACUAAUUAUAAUGUUACAUAGACAGUGGAUGAAGAUGAGAAGGUCAGAGGACGGCUUGUGUGCAUACAAGGAGCAACUGAUUCAGUUUCUACGGGAUGCUGUUUUACUGUUGCACACUCUCUCUCAGAAAGACAAACUGUUUCAUGAACACUGUUUGGAAGUUCUCCAUCAGUAUGACCAAGCCAUGCCAGGCAUAAGAGCCAUUCUCAAAAACACUCAAGUGCUGAGUGCCUGUGAAGAGAUGAUUUUGGAUGAAUUGUAUCCUGAGCCAGAAGCAGAAGACCAAGGAGUGGACUCCAGCUAACCGGCAUCUAGCAAUGAUCUCUGUCCUUCCUCAUCAUCCAAAUCACAAUAAUCAGUGCCAGUGUCAAUCUGAAAUGAAAAUCAUCUGCUUUAUUAAGGGAUGAUCCAAAGGUUGCACUUAAAAGCAGCACAACUCAGACACGGGUCUCUUGUAAUUAAGUGCCAUCUCAGUGUGGCUGAGAGCAAAGGAACUUUGAAGUAAGAAUUCUACUGCAAUGUAGUUUGCUGUGCCAGCUCCCCAGCAGCUUAGGACUGGCCCUGUUGGUGGGUUUCAUUCUUUAUGGCAUUGUUGGGAAUGGAAAUGUCACUGUGUUCUUCGUUUGACUGUGGCUGCAGCUGAGUUUGGUGCUGGGUGUGCUCAGAGGUUUGGGAUCACGGCGGCUGUCUGAACGCCCUUGGAACACGUUUGUUUCUUUUGCUGCUGUAACACUUGCUUGACUUCCAACAUUUUCCUGUUGAUCUUAGUAAACAGUUUGCUAUGAUUUUAAA